AAUGGACUUGGUCCAGAGAUAUGCUUCUUGUCCUUCUGGCUGGUCUGAGUACAACGGUAACUGCUACCACUAUGUUUCCAUGCCCAUGGAUUGGGCUUCAGCUGAGAGGAACUGCAUGUUCAUGGGGGGACACCUGGCAUCAGUUCAUAACGCAAAGGAGUACCAUCAGAUUCAGCAUGUGAUAAGAACGGCAAGUUAUGGGUCCAACCUAGCAUGGAUUGGAGCCAGCAAUGGACAGAAGCUAAGCAUUUGGCUUUGGAGCGAUGGAAGCCAAUUCCACUACACAAACUGGUGUCCAGGACAGCCUGACAAUUGGCAAGGCGACCAGCACUGUUUGCAGAUUAACUAUUCAGCUUCAAAGUGCUGGGAUGACGGAGGAUGUUGUUAUCGUCACCCAUCUGUCUGUGCCAAAAAAGUCUGA